AUGGAGAUAGGAUUGGCGUUACCGGACGACUUUGAGAACUUUAUCGCAAAAUUUUACAUACCUACCUACAUCCUCGUUCCUGGCGGGAGGGCAGACCGCUUGCCCGACGUGCCUGAAAGCCCCAUUUUAGUAUUCAUCAACUCCAAAAGUGGUGGUCAAUUAGGUGAUCAACUUCUUUUCACAUAUCGCUCCCUACUCAAUAAAAACCAGGUUUUUGAAUUGGGAGAAGAGGCUCCUGAUAAAGUGCUGCAUAGGAUUUUCCUCAAUCUCGAGAGGCUCAAGCAAAACGGUGAUCAAUUUGCUCCUAAACUUGAGAAGUUGCCGGAGGAGAUGGCACAGCCGCCUGGCUUUUCGGGGUUGGUUUCUGAUCUAAAACUGUCUCAGCCGCCUCCGAUCGCCACUGUACCUCUUGGAACCGGAAACAAUCUUCCCUUCGCUUUCGGUUGGGGAAAGAGGAAUCCUGAAACAGACUGUGAUUCAGUACUCGCAUUCUUGGAUCAAGUGAGUAAAGCAAGAGAAAUGGCGAUGGACAGUUGA